AUAAUCGGGGACACUUUCGUUCCCAACGGUUAACAUUGGCUUAAUCUCAAACUCACCAAUAGCACGUUAGCGUAGUUUGUGUUUAUUGACUGGCGCGUAUUUUUUGUUUUGUUUUGCAGAAUAUCUCCCCAUCAACUUCAAUGUAUUACGAGCAACGAUUUUCUAAUAUUGUGAUCGCAUUUUAGGCAAGCAGAAUGUCUUGAUCUCUCUUCCAGGCUAAAUCAGGUGGCGCUAGCUAGCCCUGAGGAAAAUUGGAUAUUACGACAACUGUCAAUGUUAUAAGUGAUUACCAUUAAGUGUGUGGCAAAAAUGUCAGAAUCGGGCCACAGUCAACCUGGUAUGUAUGGACCAGGACGUAGGAGAAGACGACGUCGUGGUGAUCGGGACAUUGGACCUGCAUGUCAGAACCUAUCCGGUCCCAGUCGGGAUCGCGAUUACCAACCACGAGAACGAAGGGACGGAAGUGAGGAACCCCCAGCUCCUCUAAUUCAGAAGACCCCCAUCAUUCUAGCGAAGCCCCCUGGGGAGAGGGCCAAGCCAUUACAAAAUACGGCUGUGAGCGGAGCUCCAGUCCUUGAUAAACCAAUCAUGCUCAUGAAGGCUCGGGAUGACACAGUGAAGCCGCCAACUCCUCCAGAAGCAACAACCCAGCCUUCCGGUCCCGGUCCCUCUAAAGUGGAGAGGGAAGGCCAAAGACCCACCCAGCCCGUCUAUCAGAUUCAGAACCGAGGAAUGAGUGCAUCUGCAAGCAGCGCUGUGGACCCUUUGGUUGGCCAAUCUAAACUCAUCCCACCAGAGAAGAUGAAGCACAGCAUCAAGCUGGUGGAUGAGCAGAUGAACUGGUGUGACAGUGCCAUGGAGUAUCUGCGGGACCAAACUGAUAUGUUGGUGGUUGGAGUCAUUGGCCUGCAGGGAACAGGAAAAUCCACUGUCAUGUCUCUGCUAUCAGCCAACGCCCCCGAAGAAGACCAAAGGGGUUACGUAUUCCGGGCCCAAACUCAAGAGAUGAAGGAGCGAGGUGGAAACCAGAGCACAGGAAUUGACUUCUUCAUCACCCAGGAGAGGAUCAUCUUCUUGGACACUCAGCCAGUUCUCAGCCCCGCUAUUCUGGACCACCUCAUCAACAACGAUCGCAAGUUGCCCCCGGAAUACAAUCAGCCUUACACAUAUGUGGAGAUGCAGUCUCUUCAGAUUGCCUCCUUCCUGUUUACAGUGUGCCAUGUGGUCAUUGUGGUUCAAGACUGGUUUACCGACUUAAACCUCUACAGGUUUCUCCAAACGGCCGAAAUGUUGAAACCUUCCACGCCAUCUGCAAACCAUGACAGCACGGGCUCGUCUGGCGGUGAGGACGGCGCAGAGUACUAUCCGCAUAUAGUGUUCCUCCAGAACAAGAGCAGGCGUGAGGACUUCUGUCCGAGAAAUCUGAAGGACAUGCAUAUGGUGGUGGACAAAUUAAUGGCCCAUUCUCACCUCAAAUAUAAAGGUUCACUGUCCAUGCUGGACUGCAAUAUUUUCCCUGGCCUGGGUCAGAACUAUAUGACGCCCGAAGUCAACAUGUUCCUCCUGCCCAUGCAGGACAUGGACGGCGAGGAUAAUCUCACAAAAGCAGGGUCCACUCUGACGUAUCCCCUCUUCUCCUUGCUCCCGGGUUACAAGGGACACCCGUCCUUCUCCACCAUGAUCUCCAAACUGCGCAGCCAAAUACUCGCCAUGCCCCGCUGUCAACUGUCACACACCAUCCUCACUGAAAAGAACUGGUUUCACUACGCGGCUCGAAUCUGGGAUGGUGUCAAAAAAUCCUCCGCCCUCUCCGAAUACAGCCGCUUGCUGGGCUAGAAUCACCGUAAUGCUUUUCUAGAAGGCCCCAGCUACAUGGCUUGGAAAAGUUUGCAGACCCGGAGGGAAAAAAAAAAAAAGAUUGGGUUGCCGCAGGCUAAGGAGGACAUCACCUGGGAACGUGAUCCGUUUGGAACGCCCUGUCAGACUACCUGGCCUGUGUCUUCUUUCUCUGGGAAAUUAAGUGCAGCGCAGCGGUGGGAGUUACGCCCUGCACCACAUGGGUGGGAAAGAAAAGCAGGACGGACAUGUCUACGCAUGAUGAAACGUCCGUUAUUGAACCCUGUGACUGCACUUUAGUGGUUGAACAGCCAAAGCUUUUCUCAUAAUAUAAAAAAAAAAGUCUUUCAUUCAUGUAAUGUUGAAAUAAAAUUUCACUUUUGUCAAUAA